UUUUCGAAACUUCCUCACGUGACAUCAGUCCAAGUGAAGAUGUCAACAUCGACAACCGAGUACACUUUAAGUUAUUUGAUUGAUGCUUUUGUCGUAUUGCUGGCAAUCGGAAGGGAAUGUCGGUGUUGACCACUGCUUGACUGUCACAUAAGAUAGCUAAGGUAUGUUGUUGUCUCAAGAAAUAGUCUAUGGAACGUUAUCCAAGACAAGCUACAACAGCUAGCUAGAGAUAGAUUCGUGUUGGCUUUGUGAGUAGCCCAGUUUAACGUUCACAAACAACUGCAGGUCCUGCAUUGCAAUGUACUCUACAUAGCUAGCUAAUAAGCUAGCUGGUAUUUAACCAGUAUCCUUCAAGUUAGCUUCCAUCAUCUCUAUACUGAUGGCUGGAUGUCACAGUGGCCAAUCCACCCUUGUCAACAGCUUGGCCACUCUGCUUCGGAAUCAUGGUGCAUCUGUGCUGGACGGCAGCAGUACCCUGACUCUACAGGCAGACUCUCUGCAGCACCUAGGUCGUUUGUUUGAGCAGUACCUCCUCUCCAGGACUCACCAACAUGGCUUCCUGGCUCUGCCCUCACACCCUGCUGACACCGCCUCCCUGCUGCAGCUCCAGUUCCUGUUCGACGUGCUGCAGAAGACUGUCUCCCUCAAGCUCAUCAAUCCACCCGGGUCGAGGCUUCAGUCAGUGGUCAAGAUCUUUCCUUUCAAGUCUCUCAAGUCCUUAGAGUUGAAGCGUAUCCCCCCUCACUGUCUGGAGGACCUGAGGGGAGUCUACUCUCAGUUAGAGGUCUUCACCUGCUCCAGGAGCCUCAGUUCCCUGGAGGAGCUACUGUCUCUGUGUGGGGGAGACCUCAGCUCUGCACUGCCCUGGCUGGAGCUGCACACCCUCAACUUCAGCUACAACGCUAUAGUCUGCCUGGAUGAGUCACUGGUUUUGUGUCUGUGUGUUGAGAGCGGGUCAGAGUUGGAGACAUGCAGUAAGUUACUGCACUGGGCUAUCUCCAUAUCUACUGUCUCUCUCUCCUCCUCCUCCUCUCAGCCUCUGAGUGAGCUAGAGCACCUCAACCUGGGCUAUAACAAUCUCCAGAGAGCACCAACGCUGGGUUUGAGCUCCAGAGCCAAACUCCUCACUCUCAUCCUCAGAAACAAUGAGCUGGAGACCAUCAACGGAGUGGAGCAGUUGUCGUCCCUACAGCACUUGGACUUGGCCUACAACCUGCUACUGGAUCACUCCCAGCUGGCUCCUCUGUCUAUGCUGCACAGUCUCAACAUGCUGAAUCUGAAGGGCAACCCACUCUUCUUCCAGAAGACCCACAGAACAUGCACUGUCCGCCACCUCUCCCCCAAGGCUGCCUACCUCAGACUCAGACUGGACAGCAGCCCUCUCUCCUCCUCAGAGUUGUCAGUGCUACCCAAACCGGGACAGCUGAUUGGGCAGCUCCAGUCCCAGGCCUCGCCCUUGGUCACCAGGGCUCCAGAGCGGGGUAACCAGGAAGUAGUGUCCAGCGGGGGCGGGGAGUUGAGUGACAGCCUGUCAGUCAGCGAGGUGGGAGUGACACGACAACGCAAGAAGAAAGCCAAAAGUAAGGUGAGGGUGAGACGGGCUAGCAUCUCAGAGCCCAGUGACUACGACUAUGAACCCAGACCACAGUCCUCUAUACAAGACAUCAUUCUCCCUCACCAGAAGGAGAUUGAACGCAUGGACAGUUUCAGGGACCAACUGGGUGAGGAUUGGCUGCGCUACCAGCAUCACCUAGAGGGGGCGCCAAUCACCACCCUAGACAAGGCGGACAGGCCAGCUCCUUCACACCUCACCAACAGUCUCCAUGCCAACCCCUCCCCAACCAACAACAGCCCUGUCCAGGCAAGCCCCACCACCUUUAAGCCCCCGUCUCCAGAGCUGGAAGUCCCGGAGGUUCUACCCCCACCGCUCCUCUCCUCUGAGCCCAAGGAGGAGGCCUCAGACUGGGAUGCAGAUCUGGAGACAGAGUCCACCCUCCAGUGGCCUGACCACAGCCUCGGGCACACGGAGUCCACCCUGGAGACUACUAUGGCAGAGGGACUGGGUCAGGGGUUAGAGGGUCCACCAGCGACACCCACGGACACCAGAGAAGAAGAGGAGGAGGACUUGGGAGUUGACCUGUGUCACCCCCUGCUUGUGGGGGUACUAUCAUCAUCAGAAGAGGAGGAGGAGGAGGGGCUGAGGAGGAAGAACAGGGCCCAGUGUCCAGUGUUCCUCAGGGUCAAGCCAAGGCACGUCCUGGAGGUGGACAUGAGCAGGGGUCAGUUGCAGGCCCGGCUAGAGUUGGACAGUCUGGGGAGGUUCACCAUGUCCCAGGUCACCUGGACUGAGAGGGAGGUGGAGCGAACUCUUCCUGCGGUAGAGCUUCACUUCCGUUACAUCAGCAGAGAGAGGAGGAGGAGACGCUAUGUUAUGCUGGAUGAUGACCCCCAGGAGGCACUGCAGGCACUGACAGAGGUCCUGUCGCGGGUGGUGGAGGAGAAUGAGCGGCGAGUCAUGGAGGGUCGUCCCAGCUGUGUCUGCCUGCAGUGUCUUCGCUGUGGGUCAGAGUUCACACAGCGGGGAGGGAAGGAGCAGGAGGACGGAGGGAGAUUGAGAGGAUGGACUGGACUGGAAGAGCAGCAGCAGGAGGAGUGGAAGAACAAGUGCAGAGAAGAUGGAUUGGGAAGUACCGUCAUCUGUCCUGAGUGUGGUAGUGAUCAUGUGGUCCAGCUGGCUGGCCAAUCAGCUCCCUCCACCAGUACGCCUGUCCAUACACCCGUCCAUGGUUCCCCAUGCCAAGACGGGACUGACCGACACUUUACCUUCAACCACAGAGAUACACCUCUACCCAGUCACCCUGGCAACAAGGACCCCACCAUGGAAGGUCCUUCCUCUGCCAGGGCCAGCCACUACGACAGCCCUGCUAUGAAGGCCUCAACCCAGGACACUAUCCAGACCAGCACCUCCAUGGAGGACCCCACCUCCUUCUUCUCAGCCAAGGGAAGCUCCUUCUCCUUGGGGGAGACCUGGGAGGACCAGAGCUGUGACCGGAGCCUGUCCCAGCCUGCCAGCUUCUACAGUACAGAGGGCCAGAGUAAAGGAAGUUUAGCAGGGAGCUACAGCUAUGCUGUUAGUGCCACCCCACCUGGACCUCAGUAUCAGCAUGCAGAACAAGCCAGUCCAGGCCAGUUGGACCUUCUCUCAGAGGACUAUGAGGCGGUGGACCAUCAGCUGAAGCUCUUCCUGGAUGUGGAGGUGUUUGAAGAGGAAGAGGAGCUCCACUCCUUUCUCAAGGUGUCGACCGUGAAGUUUGGUGAUCCAGUGGAGUUCCCCUCGUUCCUGGUGGUGUCUGACCAACGCAUCUACUUCCUGGAAGUGACAUCCGACAUGGAAGGGCAGCCGUGUGAUUGGCUGCAGAAGAGGGACAGCCGUGGAAUCACAGAGCUGAGUUACCUGGAAGUGGGACUGGGCUCCCAGAGUAUCCACAUGGAGUUUGAGGACGGGCCUGUGGCCUACACCCUGCUAGUACAGGACAGCGUGCGUUGCAAACGCUUCUUCAGCCUCUUCACAGGAGUGGUGCGUGAGUUGGCUACCAAGUCGGACAGCAAGCUUAAGUCUAUCUCCACCACCAGGCUCAACCCACAGCAUCAUCUCUGGCCCCUAGUGUGUGAAGACAUGCAGACUGAUGUGGAGGAUGGCCAGCUACAGUUCUUCUACCUCCUGUCCUUUCUACAUCAAGAAGACAGUGUGACCCCUCUGACAGUGCUGGCCACCCGGGAAACCCUGUACCUGCUCAACGAAGACCACCAAUGGAGCAAGAGCUUGCCCCACCCGUCAGCCAAUGAGAAUGGGGAACCCUGCAGUGGGCAUGUCACUGUUCAGGAGACCCAGCCAAUCAGCUGUGUCAGCUCUGUCCAUCUAUGGUCGUCUGACCCGUGCAGAAUGGACAUCAAGCUUUACGAUGAGAUAGUGAAGGAGGAGAAGACGUGGUCGUUGCACUCUGACAGUGCAGAGCUGAUGCAGGGCCUGCUGGUCUGGGUCAGAACACAAUGGGAGAACAUGUUCGGAGUCAAACUCGCCAUCACCAACCUCACCCUACCAGCCUGAGGAAAACACCCACCCUUCCAACUCUGUGUGUGUGUGCGCGCGCUGCUUGAGUGUGGGUCUGUCUGUCUUCACUGUCAGACUUGUCCCUCAAUAGGACAGUAUGUUUACCUGGUUUGAAGCCAACUAUGAUUUCCUCAUGUUUGGUCACUUUUACAAAGCACUGAUCUGUUAACGCCUCAUCUGAAUCCCGUCCAUUUUAUAACCAUGCCAGUAUAGCCAGCCAGGGAGAGUGCCUUGUGGUGUUGCCAGUCCUGCUACGUUCUAAUGCACCUUGAAUAUGUGAAAGGGGUGAGGGGGAAUCAUGUGUUUCUUUCAGGGGGGUGAGGACAGGAUAAGGAGGGAGAAAGGGGUAAGCAAAAAUGUGAGUUGGGGGUAAUUUUGUGUGUAUCAAGGAAGUUAGUCCAUUCCUCUGAAGCUCAGUGGACUGUGACUUCAUCAGAAGUCCCGGGACUGCAGCAGUGAGUUGUGACAUCACACGCUCGGCACAAGGCUCUCUAGCCGUCCCAUGAGGCUCCGCUCCAGACACCUCUGACGUGACACCUCUUAGUUCUUUUCUUUUUAAUCAGGGACUUUUGAUGUCACGAUGCACUGUGAUUAUGUAAAGGAAAAGGGCAACCCAAGUGAAGAGUUGCAGCCAAGGCAAUGAACCGGGACAGUAUCUGUGUUCUGUAUUCUUGGGAAAAGUGCAGAAUAUGCAUGAUGGGGAAUGUGAAAUGGAAGGGUUCUGACUGACCUGUUUUAAAGUGGGAGAUGUUAGUUGGUUUGUGGCUGUCUGUUAAAAUGUAUAGUCUUAUGCUAAUACCUCUCUAGUGCAGUUUAACUAUAUUGCGAAUGUCAAGUGAAUACUAUUUUUUAUGUUGACAGAUGAAAAGAUGUGUAGAAGUGGACAACAAACAGAUGUGUGCAACUUAAUUUAUUUACCGUCAGCAAAUCAAUUAUAAAAAACUAUAGCUUUUUAUACUUUAAAUAAAAAUGCAUGUCUGUGGAACAAUA